GCUCGCAGUUGCCAACGACGUCGCAACUUUCAACCAACCAUGCGACCAACAGUAGCUCGCCUCGUCAGGGUUCUUCCCCGUUCCGCUGUCCAACUUCCAGAAUCCAGAAUUAUCCCUAGACCAACGCCGCAAUACGAGGAAUUGAAAAAGCCGACCGUUCUCCAACUUUUGGAAAAACAAAGGGAAGAAGCAGGCGAGAACUGGCCGUCGAACAUCCGGAUAGAACCCGUCAUCAAAAAACAGGUCUUCAAACCAGUCAAGCCUGAACUCAGGAAGACUCUCAAGAAGAUGUUGAAGGAGACAUGAUAGAUGUUGGGUCGUUGGUCGCGACGACGCUGCUAGGCUUGGAAGGCGGAUUCGUUAGUUUUGUGUUAUUACCGUAAAGUCUUUCCUCUUGCAAAUUCUAUAAUUUCUACUGGUUUUGAUCCUUCCUUCA